AUGAUCGUUAAAGAGGGAAGAGAAGAAGUACCACGAAAAUAUUCGCGCUUAACGAAGGAAGAAUUUAAUCGGGAUAUUUACAGUUUGGUUGACGAGAACAAUCGUUUCACAUCUCCUAUGUACCACUGGAAAAUCGUUAAGGUUCCUUUACUGCAACAACAUUCCACUUGGCCACUACCAGCAAAUUUAUCAUCCACUAAUAAAUAUCAAUGUCAGCGAAUAGCCUUCGCUGAUUGUGCUUUUUUAUCAGUUGUAUACAGCAAAGAAGCGUAUUUUCCUGGCGUCGAGUGA